CGCUGACGGGCGGCGGACGGGGCCAAUAGCGCUCCGGGGCGGGGUGAGGUCUCUUGCUUACUUCUGGACUUGGACAGGCCUAAUCUGUGAAGAUAAUUAAAGUUCCUCUACUGUGGAUGCUGUUUCUGCAGGUGCUGCUGCCCAGCCCGGUGUGCCGGCCCGUGCAGGCUGUGUGCUGUGGCCUGACGCUGCGGUGCUGCGGCUCGCUGUGCUGCAGGCCGCUGGCCGGGAUGCCGCCGCUGCCCGAGGCCGAGCUGGUGCGCAGCUCGCUGCAGCUGUACCGGUACCUGCUGCGCUGCUGCCGCCGCCUGCCCGCGGGGCCCGUGCGGCAGCACUACCGACACGCCAUCCGCCAGAGUUUCAAAGUCCAUGCUGAUGAAGACGAUCCUGAGCGAAUCCAGCAGAUCAUUAAGAGAGCCAUUGAAGAUGCUGACUGGGUGAUGAAUAAAUAUAAAAACCAGAAGUAGAAGAGGAAGGAGGAAACCAAGGAGGACAUUGUUCAAGAGGGAAAGGACCAUGGAGCUGGAAGGUACAGCCAUGGCUUGUCUGCAGCUCCAGAUGUCUGAGGUGCCAGCUGGGAUAUGGGAGCAUCAGACCAAAGGUAUGGUAGAUGUAAUUGAUAUGGAGGACCAGGAUCUGUGAAUUUUAAGGUUGGGAAAGUGAUAAAGCAUUCAAUUCUCAGUAGGGUGCAGACAGGGAACAUGGUUGGUGAGGCAGGAGACAUCAUAACUAAAUGUUUUGGUAGUAGUAAUUCACCUGGAGGCAUGAGGAGAUAUCUGAAGGACUUUUGUACAAACAUAAUCUGGUUUUCAAAGUAAGACUUUUAAUAGAGUCAAAGAUAACUUUAUUUAGUUAAUAUACAAGUAAUUUUUCUGAUGGUGAGGAGAUAUGAUUCUAACCACUAUUUACUUCCUUGUAAUAGUAACCCCUGUACCUCAGACAUGUUUCUGUAAUGACGGGACUGAAAAGUCCUUCAGCUGCAGAGCUGAGGCUUUUAUGUUUUCAAGACAUUAUACAAAUUCCAUUCUCCAGCAGCAGAAUUUGAGACCAAAGAUGUUAUAGGAACCCAGAUGUAGAUGAGAACCUGAACUCUGAAAGGGGUUUUGGGCAGAGCUUCAGUACUUUUGACUAAAAUUAUUAUUCCAAAAAGUUCUGCUCAGAAGUCAUUUGACCCUGGAGUUGUCCAAAUUUAUCACUCACUGACCUGCCUGAUCUGAGAGUUACACAGUGAGUUCUCUUGCCCUAUGUUUGAGCAGCUCUCUGCCUCUCUGCCACCCAGCCCUGCUGAGCCCAUUCCCUUGGUGCUGCUGUGCUGGAAUUACUGCCCAGGGUGACAAAGGCACAGUCACAGGCAGCGUCCUCCCAGCUUCUGCUGUGGCAACUGGGCAGAAAAUAGCAACCCCAGAUACACUGGUGCACCUGUGUUCCUAUUUUCAGUCCUCCAGAAUCUCUGACCAUAAGGAUGGUGGGUACAUGAGGUUGUAUUCUGUAAUUAUUAUUUAAAAGUUUAAAAAACUCAUGAUGCUCACGAGGCAGCUGACAGAGCAAGGAUAAUGUCAGUAAAAGGAAACAAGUGUAUUCAUAGGCUUCAGUUUCUUUUACUGCAAUGAGGAACCCAUUUCUGUGCCAGUUCUGGUAAGUGAUGGACUGUUGAUAGGUGAUUGCAGUAACCCAAAAACACUGCCAAAAACAGCUGGUUCCAGUAGGAUCUUGAGUCAGUAACUUCUCCUAAGUACUCCACAGUUAGGAGUUGAGUGAAGUUAAGAGUUCAAAUGUUGUGUGCAGGCAACUCUUGAUUAAGGUAGUGAGGGUUUCACUGGAGGCUUGCUACGCAAGUGCAAGACAAACAUUGGAACAAGGAAAGACAGUGGGAGACUUCUGAUUAAUAAAGUGAUAUCAUGCUUUACAUACUUGAAGUAUGGAGAAUUCAUAAUUUAAAUCCCUUUACAGACAUACCAACAUCCAGUCUAAGGCCAGAAGCAGCACUGGUGCUGUACUUUCUGGUUUGUGUAUACACUGCCUUGGAAACCUAAAGCUGAAAUUGUAUGUGAAUAAUCUGUACAUUACAAAUAUGGAAGCAAUACGUUAAAAGAUGGAGCAGCAGCAGGGGGUUGGUCAAAGUAUUUUUAGUGUUUAUGUUCCUGCUCUUAAGUCCACAGAGAAAUGGUAAAGACCACUUUGGUUAUUGCCAUCCUUGGAGCCUCAUGCAGAAGCUUCCUGUGUAGUGAAACUCUUUCCCUUUUAUUUAUUUUUGUAAUUCGUUUAUUCAUUUCAGGUUUUAGUGCAGAUGAGAUUGUAAAUUUGUGUUUUAUGGAAUAUCCAGGAUAGCAUUCUGCCCUUCACGUGUCCAGAGACAAGAACACUUCUGAUCACAUUCUUGUGUCAGAGGUGUUACUGAUUUCCAUUCACACUCACCACCAAAGUCAUUUGAGCCCUGUGGAUACUGAAUAGAAUAUUUCCAACCCAGGCCAGGCCUUGCUUAGCACCAUUUGUCAGUAAUGGAAUAUUCUUUAAAUCAUUCUUUAGCACUUUGUAAACUUCCUCACGUGGUGGGUUAUGUCACAGGCAUUGCUUUUUGUUUAGGGACUCUUGGGCAUGAGGAUUUGAUUCUAAACAAUAAUCUCUCCUCCGUGGUGUUUGGCUCAUUUUCAAAUGUCAUAAGGAAGUAAUCUUUACUGUGAUGCUGUAAGGAAGAGGAAUGCAUGCUAUUUCUGGGAGAAACAAACAAUAUUCUCUCACAUCUUUUUUAGAGGAAAUAGUUUCUUAUUUGUAAAAGCUUUUAACAUGGCAUAAAUUGUGCCUUCAUAUAAAGCUUUGAUAAGCUGCAAACUGAACAGGCAGCACAUCUGUGAGUCUUAAAUACUCAAUAUCAUAAUAUCUAUUCAUUGUGAGAGUCCCUGACCUUAAACUGUAAGAAGGAGUCGUUGGAGCUGUGUGCUCCACCAUGUCCUGUCCCUCAGUGUCACCCAGAGACAGGAGUGAUUUGGGGUGAGCAGUCUAAGCAAGCCCCUGACACACAGCACUGCUGGACACGGGCCUGCACUGCCCACUUGGUUCUCCCUUUCCUGCAGCACUGCCUGCUGCUCAGAGCUGGUGUACCUCUGCUGGAGCACGAGCCAGCUGGUGCAUCUUUCAGCUUUUGUGUUAUUUGAUUAAUUUAUCUUCUACUUCUCUCAAGCCAGGCUUUAUGAAAUAGUGUUAACUGAAGUAUACGCCAGUCAUCAAGUACUCCUUUCAGCUUGUGAUUAAGCAGGGCAGAAACAUUAACUUUAAAAAAACCCUAUUCUUUGAGGACUAUUUUCUGUUUUCCUCAUAAUUGUGUUUGAUAUUUAAACCAGGUUUUUACAGUUUAGAAGCAGAGGGAGGCAUCUGUCACUUGCACCUAAGAGCUUAACAGUGUUUGUGUUUGUCACUGGAGGAGAGGUCCCUGGCAUUGCUCAAUGCACUUGUAGAGUCUGACAAGGAAAGUUCUGGGACUGCAGUUUGCUGUCCUCACCUGUGGACACUGAACAUACCCCUUCUGUAACUAUUAACCUGGGUGACUUUCCCCCAGAAGAAUCUGCCUUCAUGUUCUGCAUGAGUCCAUUCUGAAAAGGAUUCAUUUGAUUUUGGCUUUUUUAAUCAGCAGCUUCUGAGCCAGCUUGGUUUGUGUGCUUCACAGAGUCAUUCAGACAAAAGACUUCCCAGCCCUUGGAGUCCCAGCUGUGCCCAAUGCCCACCCUGUCCCCAGCCCAGAGCACUGAGUGCCACAUCCAGCCCUUCCUGGGACACCUCCAGGGAUGGGCACUCCAAACCUCCCUGGGCAGCCCCUGCCAAUGCUUGACAACCCUUCUGUGAAGAAACUCCUUCUGAUGUCCACCCUGAACCUCCCCUGGCACAACUUCAGGCUAUAUCACUGCCCCAUAUAAAAUAUUUUCUUUCAGCUGCAGCUGCACAACUUCAGACUGAGUGGUCUCAUUACCUUUGGGCUUCCUUCUGCUGGGGUUCACCAUCAUCUGUUUAAAAAACACUACACUUAAGAUCUUUUUAUUGUUACACCUUAUAUUUUGCACUGUCUCUGGUAGUCAUUCUUGUUGAGAGGAGUUUAAAACUGCUGGUGUUUUGAUUAAUAUCCUCCCCUUCUACAGAAUGGAUUUUAAAAGAUGCAAAAUUGACAAUAAAUUAUUGUGGCUGA